UAGCCGGGAGGAAUCACGGUGAUAUUCAUGAAUGGCCUUUCCCUUGUCGACAGGGACGAACUCGCAUUCCCCUGUCUACUUUCUGCCAAAUUCUGGUCGAAGUACACGAGUCGCGUGAUCACAGGUGCAGAUGUUGGAUCCGGUACCAAGAGUACUUUGACCUCGCGCGAUCAGCAGCAGCAUUCUUUUUCUGCGCCUGACUGGUUUAGACGUUAGUUUGCUUGCCCAACACAAGCCUGUGCCACUGCACUGCACUCCCAGACUGACAUGAGGCCGUGAUGGCUUUGUUUGCAACUUUCCUAAAAAAAACAAGCCGCACAAAAUUGCUUCAACUAUCAAGUAAGUUACUUGAUUCUCCAGAUCGUUCUGUUUUUGAUGUUCAUGGUAUCAUCAGACAUGGUACCGAUACUACCAUUGGCAUUGACUACUGUGCUUGUACCAGAAGUCCAGAACAUUGUGCUACACGUGAAUGUGUGCCGCUAGCGCACAGGGCGCAAGGAAUAUUGCUGACUAUCGCCAGCCCGGUGCGCGGUGAUUCACUUGGCCAAUCAUUUUGAGCUCUGCAGUAUUUUCUCCGUUCAGGAAGGUGUCGCCCAGCCCACUCGCAUAAUAGUGGACUUCACUCCCGCUGUGCACCAACCGAUCGCUGCCAUUGCCUCUAUUCGGCCGUUUCGGUGAUGAACGGAUGAUGUGAACGAGGGAGUCGUAAUAAUACAACCCACUAGUGUGACCCCGUUGAGUUGUUGUUCAGCGGGCACACAAUGGAGGCAGCUGGCGAUGAGGAUCACGCUGAUGGCACACCUCUAUUGCAAGAUGAUCAAGACCAGUUCGGCGUAGCACCUAAUCACUCAGCUGUUGGUGAGGAUGGCGAUUGUGCUGAACAUGCUGAACAUGAUGGCGGCAACGCUGUCAUUGCUAAACAAGAUGUUGGCGUGCACGAUGGGCAGGGCAGCGGCGCAGAAUGCGCUGUCCACGACUUUGAAAUUGUGGAUGAUCUUGCCACGCUGCUUAAACCUGUCAUUGCCUCUCCGCAGCAGCAUCCAGGACAAAUCGGAGGUGAUGUUGGGGAUCCGCUCCUACUAUUAGAUGAGCGCUACCCACCGCACGCCAUGGUGCUGAACAGGAGAACGCAGCGAGUUGGCCUUGUUCCGUCUUCAUCUAUCAGCCGCACUGCGAAAGAUCCAGUUCAUGAUCUUGUACAUGAAGCCAGUGCCAGUGCAAGUGAGGUGGAGAGCAACGGAACAUUGAUGGCUGACCUGAGCAGUGAUGUGAAGAAGAAAGCAAUGCUGGAAAUGACGCAACUUCUGUCCAAGGAAGGCGCCUUGUUCAAAUUGAUCGAGUGGCUACAGCCGGCUUGGUUCAGCAGUCUUGUAGCAUAUUUCCACACCCCUGCUGCAGAUCGAUGCAGGUCGUUUGGUCUCGCCGGUGUCCGCAAGCUGUGCCAGGAGACCAAGAGAUUCAUGUCUCUCUGUUACGCUCUGAUUUCCAACGUAGAAGCCAGAGCGAUUGUGCGGAUUGACACAAGCACUGCCAGGCUGCACGUGUUUCUCAUUGGUGUACACGUGCUGCUGCGCUUGCCCCAUCCUGACUGGUUCUCGGGACUGGCCGAUGCCGUCGAGUUCAAGGAGCUCGUCACCGACAUGAACUGGCAUGCACUGUCCACGCUGAGGCCUGACGUUGCGUCCACAAUCCUGGCUGAUAUCCCGCUGUUGCGGUCACUCGCCGAGUGUGUGUACUCGCCAACGCGUACCAUGAUCACGAACCUACUUGCCGAGAACUGCUCGCAUCACAAUAUGUUCCUUCUCGUCUGCAUGAUGCUGGUGGAGGGCUGCCUGCGAUCUGUCAACAGCAGUCCUUUCGGCGUUGAUCUUGGUUGGAAUCAAGUGGCAUGUCGGCUCAAGCUGCGCAGUCUGUCCAUUCCGCCCACCUGCUUCAUGCAUACCCUGUGCGACUUCUUCCGCAAUGAUUUCUUCUGUAAUUUCACCACUGAACUGCCCGUAGAUGAGAUCAUGAAGAAUAUCUUCAACUUCAGUCGCAGCACCGUGGAACUGGACGUGGUGGCGAUAGCCAAGGCAGUGUGGCCCCUGGUCCACUACAGCAAACCAAAGCCGCGUGUGAUCAACAGCGUCGUAGAGAUGCUUUCCAAGGCCCUGGGCAGAACAAGUGCUGAUGGUGUGCAGGAGGAAGUGGAGCAGUGCGCUUCACUCUACCUGGGGCCCGAUGACCUGGCACGGCUACUGCGCCUGAACCACAGGGUUAUCAAUGUCAGUACGCUGCGCCGGCUGUACACUGGUGUCGAUGGCGUGACCCACGAACGCCGGGAAGCGGCCCUGGAGAGCAUUCAAAAGAUUGUGUUCGACACGUUCUACGAAGCACCGAAGCUGGACUCUGAUCCUCUGGACUCCAUCAUCACAGCUAUGUCUUCGGCAGAUGCUGACUCUCGAUGGCAAUCCACCUGCAUGGCCAUUUCCAUUGUUCACGGCCAAGAGAUUGGCAGAUUCCGGUUGCGCUGGUGCUCAACUGCCAGGAUGGUUGACCUCUUAGAGCGGACAGAGCACGCGGAGACGAUAAAGAAGUCACUCGCUGCCACCAUCAAGAACCUGCACAUGGCACUAGGCUGCGAAGCGCUGUUGACUGCUAGUACUAUCAUGGAAUCCGUGUUUCUAAGAGACAGCUGUUUGAUAGGCAGCUUAGACGUGCAGCCCAGGUUCUCGCUGCAGUCAGUGCUCACGACUCGAGAGCACAUCAUUUAUGCCAUCGACACUCUGAACGACCUUCAGAAUCCCGACGUCAGGAAGGACUUCCCGUUGGACAUGUUCACCACCGAGACAAACUGUAUGGUCAUGUUCUGGUCCUUCUACUGUGCUAGCCUGCUGGAGACCUGCAAACGUUUCCCCAGCGCCAGCAUCGAUGACGUACUGUGCGAGCUACACGACCGUCUGGAGACCAUUGUUGAGCAGAUGGAUGGCGUGCCGUGCAUGUCUGGCUUUGCCGGCGCGAUGGCAUCCACAGUGAUGGCGAUAUUCCAGCUGAGAGAGCCUGCCAUCAAGCAUGUACCCAAUGAUGCUGUGCUGCUUCUUCUGAGAAUGUGUACUCGAGCAGAGGCAGUGCACAAGAAGGGUGGCGUCAGCAUGCCGUUUCAACUGGAAGCAUUCCAGGCGUACAAGGCCAGGGUCCAGCGGACAGCUGCUCACUACCGCAGUGGCGAGUACUCUCGCGUCGACUAUGAUGAGUACGUGCAGCACAAUAAGAACCUCAGCGCCAUCUGCUGUGCGUUGGACCUGGACACUGUUGAUAACCUGGACAGCUUCCGGCAGCUUGACCAGCAGUGUGAGCGACGCAUAGCGCUGCUUAGCUGGCAGCAUCUCAAGGCUGCUAAAGGAUCCCAGCAACUCCUGAAGGAGCUUGAAGGCGUCAAGCAGAAUCCUGCCGAACACCUGUGCAACAUCAGGCAGCUGCUGCAGAGGGUGGACGCCGAAUUCCUGCAGAGACUAGCCUUCCCUGUUGGCUCUGUCGAGUACAAUUGUCCUGCGCACGAGUACAUCACGGAGACGAUCAAGAAGAGCGUGCUAUGCAGCCGCCUGUCCGAUGUGACGUUCUCCAUGUACCCAGCAGAGCUUUACCCGGACUGGACUUCUAGUGUCGGAAGUAUUCUCUCCCAGAUCUUUGAACAGGUUGAGAAUCUACUCUCACCGCUAACCCAGUACCAAUGCCUAUCACGUAUAAUCGAUGGCAUUGUCACAAGCAGCCCCGCCGGAUAUGACAGCUUCCUGGCAUGCCUGGACGAUGAAACCGAAGUGUUUCGCCAGUCGCCACCACAUUCUGCCAACGUGAGCGGCAUAGAGCGCUUGGACCGCCUGCUGUGGUACCGCGCCUGGAGGGCAUGUGGCGUGAAGGGUGUCAUCAAAGCGCUACGCCUGAGCAGCAAGAAGUCUGACGAUGUACUGGAGGCAUGGGUGUGGCAAAGCAAUCAGCAUGAUCCACCAUCCGACUCUCCUCUGCGCAGUGCCUCGUCCAGCUCGCACAAACUCAUGCAGCUGACACAGCAAUUCAGCCUUCACCAUUUGAAGUUCUUCUAUCUUGUGCAAGAAGACCUGCUUGGUGGUCUCUUUGGCUUUUUCAAAGAGCUUCACUUCACCAUGAGCAGCUCACUGCGGCAGCGUUUUCAGCUGCUGAAUAUCAGGCUUGAGGGUGAUCCACAUGCCGACAAGCUGAUGACGUCGCUGUACGCUGUUGAGAACAUCGUCAGCCCCUUCUUCUUGGACUUGACACCGUGCGAUGUCCUGGAGGAGUUUCGGCACAGCAAAUUCGACAGCCGUUCAGUUUACGAAGCGGCCCGCAACUUGGCUGCAGUUCGUCGACUGCUGGACUCCGUGAUCAGCAAUGCGUUCGAUGAUGCCAAGAGCGUUCUGUUGGGUCUUGGUGAUCCCUCUAAAGCCACAGUCGAAAUUCACCUGGAUACCUCGGAGCACUAUCAGUACGUGUGCAAGUUUGAAAGACUGGACGGUGCGCGGGACCAUCACACAAUGGCGGAAACCAGGCAGUUCCAACUCUGUUUGCCAUACCUAAGAAGUUUGGAAGAGCCAACCAGCCGGAUAGCCACGACUUUGUCAGAUUCAUUCGGCUUGCUGGAGAAAUUGAUGGCCAAGGUGUUGGAGCUCGAAGGUAACGGACACUUUGCCUUCCUGAAGAAAGUCGAAGAUGUCCCGGUGCCAAUUUCUCAAUCAUGUCUAGAAACUCUCUUGUUGCAGUACACCGAGGAGCUGACACAAUGGAAAGCGAGGCUUCCACUGGCGAAGGAGAAGUGUCCCGUGCUCAACAUGUUUUCCAACUACAGCAUAGGCUCCAUGGCUAGACUCGUCGCCCGGUGCAGUGAUGCUAACGUGUCUGCCAAAGAAGUGCGUUGUCUUGUAUCAAGUCUGCUCUGGCACGUCCUGUCUACAGUCCCACUGGCUGUGCCAAACGCCGGCUCACUAACUUGCACCACAAUCCGGGACGCUUUGGAGAGCAGCGAGGCCGGAGGGCCGGAUCCAUUGGAGCAGCUGGGAUUAUUGCUGUCACAAGUUGUUCAGCUGAAGUCUGCGUCACCUGCUGCUGCUUCAUUGCCUGGUGUCCACCAUACGAAACAAGUGAGGCAGACUCUCUAUACAGUCGAGGGCUGUAAUUCAGAUCGAGAUAGUGCGCUGGCGCUGUCCUCUCUACUGUGCGAAGAGUUCCGUGGCACUACUCUCAGCCGUGCCCAGUUCCUGUUCUGCACCCCGCUGACGUCUCAGGACGAUUUACGGAGCUUUUGCAGAGCAGCUGAAAGCACCGGAGCGCGAUUCGCCAUGUGUGGUAUUGACAUGCUCAGCGGCAGUUGUCGCUCCACACUCCUGGAACUUCAGCUCGAACUGGGGAAGCGGCUCUCCAACAUCACCUUGAUCUACCUGUGCUACAGGAAAGUCUUCGCCCAAGCUUGGCCGGAGGUGAGCGGAGUCAAGCGCAAAGCUCUGUCAUCUGCACCGUUCUCCAGCCUCCAAUCGUGCUUCAUAUCGUGCGGCAAUCUAGCUAAUGGUGACAACAGAUUCAAUCUAAAGAUAAUCCCCGUGUGUGGACCAGCAGGUGCCGGAAAAUCAUUUUGGACAAAGGAGAAGUGUGAGGUAGACGACAGCCAGCCGCCUGUUGUCGUCGACCUGGCCCAGCUGGACGGUGCCGACGACGCUUGCCAGUUGCUUGUUGCAGAGUACCAGAAAGGCAACCUGCAGAGAGACCGCAAUCUGCAUCUACGUAUUCCGUCCAAUGCUGACGUUGUCCUCAUCAACCGCGUCUUCUUUGAGCUGCUCUGGUGCGGUGCGAUUCGAGCACAAAACAAAAAGAAGGUUUUUGCAGUGGCAACAAGUAGCAACAAAACGUGGAAAUGGUUUGUCGAAGUCCAAGAAGACAUCCUGGAAGCUGAAAAUGGACACCAACACGACCUCAGGGCCAUUUCAGAAGUGUUGCCGUUCCUGAGCGUUGCAACAUCCAGCUGUCCAAUCAACUUCAAGCUGAGGAAGAUCAUUCUGCAGGAAGAACAGCGGAAAUUGGCACGGCUGCUGGACCGAUUCUUCAAGGCCACGGACACCGGCCUUAUUGACCUGGAUGACGAUACCCAACCAAGCGAUAGCGAGUGCAGUGCGCUGAUACACCAGCUGCUCAGCUUGGACGAUGAGAGAGAGAAGACACGGCUGGAAGAGAUCUUGUUGCUGCAGUAUCUGUACGUGAAGUGGAAGUUUAUUGUUACACGAACUGAUUUGCCGAGCCUGGCCCGUUCAUACCCUCGGCUGACCUCGGCGAUCGUGGCGCUUCUCAUCAAGGAGGCCAUCUUUAUGUCUAGUCGUGAUCUGCAGUGUGUUUUCCAGCGCUGCCCACAGGGCUUCCUGGUGUGCGAUCCCUUUUCCGUGAUGGCAUCAUCUGCUGCUCAGGCAGACGUUUACAAGAUGGCUGUCAUCAGGAGUACGUAUGAGGAUGAGCCGGAUCGUCAAUGGAGCCCUUAUCCGAUUUCGCAGAGUCGCAACUAUCAGCUGGGUCUUCUCAGCUGGAUGUUUGGUAUUGAAGAUGGCGAAGUCGACAUGUUGAUCAAGCAGCAUGAAUUUGUCUUGACUGCAGACUUUGCUUUCAAGCUCUUCCUCAUUCAUGAACGACAGAGGCUCGGUCGACCGCUUGUGCUUGAGAGUGAAACGGGUGCAGGGAAAACAUACCUGCUGCAGAUGUACUCAAAGUUGUCCGCGCAUGCGAUUGAGAAGAGGACCGAAUUGCAGAGGUUUAAAAUGGCCCUUCAGCUUCUCAAGUCUAUCAUCUUCAACCCACAGCACUGGGACACUCUCGGCGAUGAGGGACAGUGCAAGUUUCCCCGGUUAGGUCAGCCAGCAGAUGAAGAACCAAGCAGCAUCAUACUCGGACAAGAUGUAAAGCUUCAUUCGGUCAAUUUUGAGCGCCUGCCGUGGGUUUGGUCAGAAUUUCUUGCCUUACUAAAGGAUGAGCUACGGCCCACUGCCAAGCAUCUCUUACAGCUAGGCCUGCAGUCUUGCAUCACGGAUAUCAGUGUCCUGGAUGUCAACACUGAUUUCAGGAGACUGCUGGCAGUCGACAGCCUCACAGAUGCCGAAAGCGAGAAGCUAUUGCGCGAGCUAGUUGCCACGCGGCCAAAGAAUCUUUUCAGAAAGAUGCUUGUUCACCCAGGCCUUCUGAAGUCCGAAAUCAAAAGGUUUCUUGACGAAGUGUUAACACUGGCUAGGAGCACCCCUGGGCAUGUUAUCAUUGUGUUCUUCGAUGAGUUCAACACAUCCAAGUACAUCGAUUCGUUCAAGGAGAUCAUGUUUGACAAUACAUUCGGCGGCGCCAUGUUUCCGGAAAGUUCCAAGCAGCUGUUCUUUGUGGCCGCUGUCAAUCCGUUUGGAACGAAAGAAAGACGAUGGAAUAUGAACUACUUCACGUUUGACCCGCACGACUCACCAGACACUAUGAAGGAAUGGGAUGAUGAAAUGGGACAGGUGUAUAAUGUUCGUGGCCUACCUAAGAUCAUGAGCCUCCAUCAAUGGAAGUACUUCAGUUUGAGAGAGCCUGAGGAGCUAGAGGAGUACACUGCGUGCAAGAUAGAAUUCUUGAAAGACAGCCCAGAGUUGCAGCAUGUCAAUGCCCGGAAUGAGUUCAACGAUGACGUGCUGAUGAUCCUCAGCAAGUUCCUCUAUCACUCGUACUGUUUCUGUCAGGAGAACGUCACCAGGUGCUUUGUCAGUCAGCGUGAUGUGCAACGUGUCUUCAAGCUCAUCCCGCAUCUGUGGAAUCUGGCUAUCAAUGAGCUGAUGGAGACGAGAAGAGAAAUUGAUGUCAACUCACUGCUUCUUCGCUGCAUCCCGGUGUCCAUUGCACUGGUAUUUUAUGUUCGACUACCCACCAUACCAACAGAUAAGUACCCCAAUGCCUCCCGGAACUUGCUGGAUGAGUAUGUUACUAAGAAAGUUCAAAAAGGGUAUCCACGAACAGGCUUUGCAUCAAACUCCCUGAAGAGAGCACUUGAGACAGAGAUCAAGAAGGCAGUGACGCAUGAGAACUUCUACAUUCCGGAUGGAGUCGCUCUGACACCCGCACUGCAGGAGAACAUCUUCUGCAUGGUAGCGUGUAUUCAGCAACGUAUUCCACUGGGCAUCAUCGGUGAGCCUGGCUCUUCCAAGACGCUUGCGUAUCAAAUUGUUCGACAGAACCUGUGCGGAGAACGUGGGUCCACAAAGAAGUUUUGUCAGCAGUUUGGUGCAGUCGAUCCUUUCUUCUGUCAGUGUUCUCCGGAGUCAAGCACAGAUCAGAUACAGAGGUUGUUCAAUGUUGCUAUCAAGCGACAACGCUUCUAUGAUAAGCAGAAGCUACCUGCAUACACAGCACUGCUCACAGACAAGCGACCCAAGGUUACUGUGUUUAUUGACGAGGCAGGCUUGCUUAAUGUAAGGCAAAAUCGCAUGGUGAUGAAAGUGCUUCACCCGUACCUUGACGAGCCUGAGGUCUCAUUCGUGACGAUGUCCAACCACUGGUUUGAUGCUGCCAACACUAACCGCAUGCUGACGGUGUUCCGCUCGCGUGCAGACAGCGAUGACCUGAUCAGUCUGGCCUAUGGGUGUCUUGGUUUGCCAGACGAUGGUGAAGCCGACAACACUACUCGCUUUCUGCAUGGCCUUUGUGAAGGCUACCGUUCUGUUGCGAAGAGGUUUCCACGCUGGUAUCAUCAACGAGAUCUCAUUGCCCUUUUGCGAUUCUUCCGUCGAUAUGCAGAAGGAGUGCACAGGGUCAAUGUCAUAAACAUCCAGCAGGAUCAUGUACUUCAAGGUAUUGAGGAAACGUUUGGAGGCCGCUGCGAAAAAGAUGUCAGAUGGGUCGUCAGCACCUUCUUCGAGAAGAUCCAUAAGUCACUACCUAGCUUUCCUGAAUGUGCUCAGGAAUCUCAGUUCAAGAACCCUAUUGAAAUCCUUCUGCGCAUGAGAUACCAGCUGCAAAUCGCACAUGAAGAAGGAAAGCUACACUAUCUCAACACGAGUGCAAUGGUGCCACGUUUCCUUCUCCUGGUUGACGACUAUGGCUGUGACUUCAAUACAGUUGACAUGCUAUUCCGGCUGGGAGUGGUCUCCGCGGAGCCUGGCCAGACACAUCUCUUUCAGCACUGCGGCCAAGUGCAGGAGAGUAGCGAUGUGCAGUGCGCGAGCAUUCUGGCUCAGCUGCGUCAGUUUCUCAACCAGCCGUGCACAGUUGUGAUUGUCAACUCCCCCAGGCUGCAUGGCUACCUGUAUGAGCUCUUCAACCAAGCCUUUCAAACCAUCACUCUGGAUAACGAGCAGUGUGCUUUUUCAAGCAUCGCCAUGGGAGACAGUACAUUACCAUGUCGAGUGCACCCAAAGUUCCGGUGUAUCCUCGUGUUGAGCCGGUCUCUGGUGGAGGCUGAGCGCACGCCAUUCCUCAGCAGGUUUUCGAAGCUGAGCAUUCAUCCGUACCAUGGCUGGCAGUAUGUCUUGAGAAAUGCUGCCUCACCAAGUCUCCUGCGAGACAUCCAGACUCAGUGUGAGGUGUUCUUGAAUCAGAUCCACGAGAGAUACUUUGUUGGCUGUGGGCAGGAUGUGGCUUUCAGCGGUACUAUGUUCCUCCACCUUCUGGACCUGGUAAUGUGUAAUUCUGAGCGCAAGUUUGAGCUCAGUCGACUGAUCUCGCAAGGCAACACUGACCCAGCGGUGACCAUUACGGCAACGCGUGACGUCAUCGCCCGCUACUUCCAGCUGAUGCCCAUGGAGUCGUACAUAACGGUGCAUGGCCUGCUAUCACCACCAGCCACGUACCAUCAAUUCUACUUGAGCUGUCGGCAGAACGCCUUCACCCUGCGUGGCGUCUUGGAGCGUUCUCUGCGCAAAUGCCAGGCUGAACAGAAAAGGUCCAGAGUGAUGCUGCUGACUAAGUCUCUCUCCUCCGACGUAAACCGUCUUUCCUCGGCUGCUGCCAAGGAAGUGUGUCUUGGUCAGGAGCUUGCAGCUUGUACUGAGAUUCAGUCGUUCAAUGACUUCCAGCACUUCUUUGAGGCUGAGCAGGCUGUGAAAGAGCUCGGCGCAGCCCAGUGCAGAUGCCUGGUGGUCACUGUGGAUAUUUCGCAACCACACGAGAUGGCUGCCGUUGGUCCGUUGAAGCGACUCAUCGAGAAACAGAUCAGUGAUGCGGAUACACCGAACCCUCGGCAUGGCCACGCUGCCCACACCAAGGUUUAUGCUAUACUGCUGCACUCAUUCCUGCAGAGUCCGCAUUGCAAAAGCAUAUCUGCACCUGUCCUGCAUGGCUGGCAAUCGCACUUUAUCUCGAUAGAUAGCUUGUCGCAUUUCUGCCCUAUUAGCGCCACUGAUUUCUUCUGUUACACAAGCUGGUCGCGGGCAAGAUCUCCGCAGGAAAGACUUGACCUUGAAAGGGAGCUUCGACCUCGUCUCCAGCAGCACGCCGCGCUCUUCAGCGAGGAGUUUUGCCGACGUCUCUCGUACAUCGGCAGCACCAGCUCUCUCCAACGUGAUACUAGUUUUCCGUAUCGGUUCCUGCCACUGCUCAGCCCUCUAUCCCGCCGACAUCCGUCAACACAUCCCUCCAGGGUGGAGGUAGUCGUGUUACUGCUGCAAAGGAUACCCGGGCUAUUUGACUGGCUUUCCAGCGCACUACUCACAUGGAUGACCAAGGAAGGUACAGGAUGGAUGGAGAAGACAUCAAACACCAUAAUCCUCCAAGAUCUGAACUGCAGCCUGGUCGAUUGUCUAUUUGCAGAGAUUGAGGCUGUGACCAAGGAUCUGAUGCAAACCAUCUUGCUGGCUACUUUGAGCAAAUACAACGUGUGCAACCUGCUACCGGUGUUACGGACCAAUCCAGACCUUGUCAGGAAGCUGCUGCUGCCCGUGGCAUCAACGCGUGUCGCCGGGUCGCAAGAUGGUCGUCUGGUUGAUCUGGAAAGGCACGAGUAUCAUACGCCGUUCUUUGAUGAGUUCACCACACGCCUGGAGAACAUCGGCCUCGACGUCCAACAGCUGAAUCCUAAUAUGGUACAUUUAGCACUGGACCGGGAUGUUGUCCUCGGUGAUUUGCUCAGAGAGAAGGACUUCGUAGACCUCUGCGUACCUGACUACAUACAGUUUGCACUUGGCUGGCGGACAUCAACGUCGGCGACGGUCCCAAUUGCAAUGCACUUUGUGCGGCUUUGCUUUGCUGAAGGCACUCAGCUGGACAUUGAGACAGACAUGUUCUCAUUCGUCCACGUGCUGCUCAGAGAAGAGCGUGCUCUCAUUUUGUCACUGCUGAAUGGUGUGGUCGCGCUGCUUCAGCUCUCCCCCAGCACGCACCACCAAUCCGCCCUGAGCAUGCUCAAGCUGUGCACAAAGCGGCAAGACCUGGUAGAUCAACUGGCGACCAGACUGGUGGAGCAGCUGUGGGAGUCUCUUUGUCAGACCCUGCACUUAUCGCCACCUGAUUGCGACCCGAAAGAACUAAUACAACAGUUGCUAUUGUGGAAAGCAUCAAGCAAUUACAUAAUGCAAUACUGGCCGUUUCAGGAGCCCGAGUCCAUUGCCUCCAAGCAUGGUUCGGUGCUGUUCAAAACAGUGGCAAAUGUUGCCCAGCAGAUGUCCAGGAGGUUGAAGUUGAUGGCGUCGGUCGAGCUCAUUCUGAGUUGCUUGACAAGGACACCUGCUAUUCGAGUCUUAGAGAUCCUGCGUAAGCUAGUGCCGAAAGGAGACCUGUCGGCGAAGGAGCCAUCGGAACACGAUUCGCCAGAUCUCCAGCUCUCUCAGGUCUUCAACUGCCUGCUGGAAAUCGGAACUGCUGAAGGACGCAGUGACUGUCUGGCCAGCGAGGCUGUCCAGCUCAAGCUCUGCUGUGCUGAGUGGCUCGUCAGAAGGCUAGAGUCGAAAUCGUACGUGACGAUCGACUCGUUCAAAGCUGAGCACGACUUCCAGCUGUUGCUUCUGUGUGUACACGGGCGCUGGCGACAAGAUGAAUCCAGUGCCUUCUGCAUCCCAACUUACUUGUCUGCUGGACUUUUACAUGGUCUUGAGCAGAGAGUAACACGUGACUUGGUAUCCCCUCCGCAACGGGUGGCCCUGGAAAAGGCUACCUACCAGGUACGCGAGGUCAUCGAGAGCACUGUGAAUCGAAUCCUGGAGCCGCAGCUCAUCAUGAGAGAUUUGAGCGCCGUGCCGCACUACGUUCCAUCCGGGAGGGCUGACCGCACACCGUUUCCUCCCUUGGGCAGCGCCUAUUAUGAGCUGGCGUGCGCUUGGCAGCGAAACCUGACUGCGCCCAACAUGGAUGCCCUUGAGUACCAUAUCAACUCUGCUAUGGAGAAUAAGGCCAUCGUUGAGCUGCCCUCGCCACGAGGCGACGAACGGCGCUAUAUGCAGAGGCUGCAUAGAAACGCCAAGACGCACGUGGCAACUGAGCUGGCAGCAAAGCGCAUUGCAGAAUUGAUUCAGAGCAAUACACUACCACCAGCAUCCCUCGCAUGCCUAAACAGCUUCUACUCUAAGCUGAAUUCCAUCCAGAAGGCUAGCUUUUGUUGGGAGGUACUGUCCAGGGUGAAGUGUUAUUGUUUGGCGAGAGGGCUUGCUUCUUGCCCAGAAGUCUGGGCGUCGGAGCUCCGGAAGACAAGUAGCGACCUCGCACCACUGCAGACCAACUUGAAUCUGUCCUCAGCGGGCAAAUCUGAAGACUCUGUGACCGUGAUCGCCAGCCAGCCGACCCUGCGAGCUGUGUUUGGCAAUCUUUGUCAGCGUCUCCGCGGUCAAGAGAAGUCCAAGCCAGCUGCAGCCGUUCUCAACUGGUUUCUCUUGACCCCGGCCGAUAGGGGAGUCAAAGAAGCGUGUGUGCUGUGGACAGGUUUUUACAGUCACUACAUGAUAGGCAACGACGGCCUCCGCGGCUUGCUCUCUGCAGGAUUAUCAUCAUCAGCCAGCCCUGCACUUGCGCAUGCUCUGAAACUUCUUCUCGAUGAGCCUGCCUCGAUGCCGCCUGCCUUCAGUCAUCUGCUUCACACUGAGGAAGACUACCUGCGCGAUGUGUUUGUCUCCACACUGGUGGCAAUACUUGCCAUGGGCCCUGAAAGUCACCUCUACACGUGCCUGUGUGAGCCGGCAUCAUUCACCGGUACACUGAUCAUUGGAUCGCUAUCAGGCCGUGGAAAGCCUCUGCGCUGCAAUGAUAGCUACAGCAGCAUCAUUGAUCAUUUCUUCCAGACCUGUGUCUUAGGUGAGCGGUCAGAAGACCACUGGCCCAUGCUGGUGUACGAAGAGUCCACGCAGCCACCCUGUCUCACGUUCCUGGCCAACGUCCUGUGUGCACUCCACGUGUGCAUCGCCCUCUGUUGGAAUCUGCUGUUGUUCACCGAUGCCGCGCUGGCUGAUCAGAGUCUUGUUUGUGAUGUCAGUGGCAUCGGUCAGGAAGACACACGUGAUUGGCGUCAGCUUGCACUGACGAAAUGCAUCGAUAAGGUCAAGGUACUGUUCAGAAUUCUGGAGCGUGGCGAUGUCAACAUGUCACACUUUAGCACAAAGGGUAUGCUGCUCACAUCACUCAAGCUGAUGAUGAAAUCCGCAAGCGAUGGCACUGUGGCGUUUAAACGCUCCUACCGAACUAUGGCCGAGUUGAACCGAGCAGAAACCCAGUUCCGGACUGGCAUUGUAGAACCGACUUUGCGCAAGCACUGUGCCGAGCUCAAUGAAGCCUUCGUGGCAGCGGUGGACAAGGACUUUGCCGAGCUGCACUGGAAUAGGCUGACAACGCAGUACAAUGCGCGGCUGGACGUUUGGUACACAACAAGCUGCGCUCGCCCAGUCCUUGCCCACGUCCUGGCGUACUACCCACGCCUCGCGAUGGUCAAACACAUCAAGAGUAUCAUGAAAUUGUUUGUGUACAUCCACAAGUACCUGUCGCAACUCUUUCCACUCGAAGCCAUCAUGGCAAACCGGCUGACAGUGAAAUCUGCCAUCGACCAGUAUUCACUUCUGUUCACGAAUUGUCCAGACUUUGAUGCAACGUUUCGCCAAGCAAAGGAGGACUUUGCUCUGCUGACAAGUAACUUGUGUACUGUGAUGUCUGGAUGCUUUAAACUGCACAGCAGGUGGACUCUGAACAACGAAACACCGCUGAGCGAGAUUGUCGUCCCGAGUCCGAAGCGGCACAGCUCCAUUCUGAGUAGUCUGAUUGGCGAGGUGCUGUCCUGGCAGAUGCAGCUGUACACUCUCUGUGAGCGCCAGUCCUUGGAACUGCAGGCCGGCAACUCUGCAUUCAUACAGUACCUGCAGCAGAGUUUACAUGCCGACAGCGUGGCGCCAGAGGAUGUUAUCACCCACGGCGGUGCUGAGCUGCUGCAGAUUAGCAACAGUGCCAUGAACCAGCUACUUGCCGUGCACUGCUGUCCUAUUCAAAGCCAGGGCGUCCGCCACUUGAACAUCGACGUGGAAGCCAUGGAGAUCCAGGUGGCAAUGCUCUUCAUCAGUAAAAUGCGCAAGAUCGACUGGCCGUUGUACAUCGGCACUCUGGAAUUCCGGUUCCUUGACGAGGAUGCCUUUGUCCGCGCUCCAGCUCCCAUGGUGAACGUUCCGAUCUCGGCAGUUCAGGAUAUGCAGAUUGAGCAGAUCCUUCACAACCUGGACCGGUCGCAGGUGGAGGGUGCUCUCUUCGACCUCCGUCAACUGGUGCGCAACUUGAAACGCAAUCAUCCGCCGGAGGAUAAGGUGUUUGAGGGGCGCCUGCUGGAUGCCUACUUGCAGCACAAACUUGACAAAGACGGGCUCCAGUACACUCCGCACCUGAAGCGCUUCGGUGGAGUCGUCUUCCUACAGAAUCUCCCCACCUUGAUCUUGCACUUGGAGAAACAUCUUCUAAGCAGUGACUUCCGGCAUGUUCCGCCGAUUCUGAAGCAGCCAUUGCUCCCGCACGACAAGCAAGUGAUUAAGGAGAGCCUGGAACACAUUCUGAGUGAAUCCGAUGACCUGGCAUUGUCCGUUUCCAAACUUGAGGCUUUGCUCGACACGCUGCAGAAUAGCUUGGUUGAAAUUGAGGACAAUCCGGAUAAGAAAAUUUCCGACUUUCUGAUUGCAAGCCGGAAACCUCAGAGGGACCAGGAUUCUGCGAGUGAACGCGCGCCAGUGAGUGAUGUAACACUGCCUGACUCCUUGCUCGGGUUUCAUUACCAGCGCUUCAUGGGCAUGCUCUCGUCGUCGCUUCGGGAGAUGCGCAGUAAGCUGAUGCGGCAGGAGCUGGCGUCCAAGCAUCCUCAGGAUCCCUGUUGCUUCAGCACACCGCAUUCAAUGGCCAGCAGCAGCUUACGUGCCGGGACUGAGCCCAGCGUGACACUGACAAUCAAAGUGUUCUGCGAGGACGAAGAGCCAGAUGUGGAGUACACGGUCACUUGCGCUCAGUCGGCCUGCAUUCUCCCAAUUCUAGAGGAUCGUGUCCUCAGGCCCAUCCUCUUCUAUAAAGUUGGCAGGAAGUCGUUCCGCGCCAACCAUGACCAGGAGGUAUCCAAGCUGAAGGAGUUGUGUGGCGGCCGUGAUACUAUCACCGUGUGUGUAACUGUUCUGGAUGACUGAACAGGUCUUCUACACGUGGUGAUGGAUUUGCCAGUGUGUGCCGUGAAGCUCCGCUCGUUGACAUGGUAGCAUGUGACAGGCCAAACUACUUAAAUUCGGUAUUGUAGGGUCAACGCAAGGCAGGCAAUUGAGUUUUUUCUUGGUAGUGGUGAGACGUAUUACCCAUAAAUACCUACUAGUAAUUCUUUACCUAGAAAACUUUUUUUAUUUGAUUAUUUGGAGAGUGGCUUCCUAUCUUUAGGGGCUUUCCAGUGUACUUGUGCGAGCAGCAAUGAUAAUCACAUUACGGAUAGUGAUCCUCACUGAUGUGGCGCUGCACACGCUGGUUGUUGAGCAAUUCAUCACGUGACCUUUUGUUGCGCACCACGUGGAUUCCUCGGACUGCUAUUGCACUCUUAAUUUACAAGAUUUUCUGAGUUUUUUUUCUUCUUCUAUAGAGCUACAUUGUGGGUAUAGAUUUUUGUCCUGAAGUUUACCCCAGCAUCAAUGUAAAUUCACAUGCCAUUGGAAAUUGUUUGCUGUGUAUUUACCAUGGCUCUACCCCCGGCCACUCACAAUCUAGGAAAUUUAUCUGUGCUGAUGCAUAUCUUUUACCGUUUACGGUCUGAGAACAAUUGUAGGUAACUGUUUACACAAGUCGGCGAUCGAACAACUUGAUCUAGGUUAUAUUUUAUUUGCUGUAGUUCCGAGUUUCAACGUUAUUCACCAGUAUUUAGGCAAGAAUGAUGAUGUUUCAUGGUUAUUUACCAGUAUUUAGGCCAGAAUGAUGAUGUUUCAUGGUUAUUCACCAGUAUUCAGGCAAGAAUGAUGAUGUUUCAUGGUUGUUCACCAGUAUUAAGGCAAGAAUGAUGAUGUUUCAUGGUUAUUCACCAGUAUUCAAUCAAGAAUGAUGAUGUUUCAUGGUUAUUCACCAGUAUUAAGGCAAGAAUGAUGAUGCUCGUGAUACGUGCAUAGGGUUUUAGAAGCUUCCUUACAUCCCUUUUUCGUUUAUGCUUUUCAUUCCCUUUUUUCCUUUUUGACGCUCAUCCUACUUCUUUCUCUCUUUUCUUUCCUCUGGUGACCAUGGUGACUCGUCAGGAACAUUACAGUUUCUUGCCCGUUCAGGUCGCCCUGUCGAACUUUUGACGAUGCCAGAACAAUCUCAUUGUCCUAGUUUUUUUUUGGUUUGUGAAUUUAAAAUUUACAGCUAGUCUUUUUGCUAAAAUUUGGCUUGUGAGCAACACUGGCUCACACUCAAUCACUGCUUUUUCACAAAUUCAUCUUUUUGCUAGUUUAGUCAAAAUCCCAUUUACUGACCUGCACCUCUGUGUCUCGGUUACUCUUUCAGUUUGUAGGUGCAAGCGGAUGA